GGCAGGAAAAGAGGAGGAGAAGGGGGAAAGAGAAAACAGUCAAAAGCCCUGGGAGAGGGGAGAGGCGGUUCAGUGAAGAACAGGAGCGGUGAACUGGACGAGCAGAACCACUUCAUCCGACUCGAGUGACUUUCCACUGUGAGUCUGUAACGAUCACAACGACUCGUUAACGAUUUACUGCCGACUUACUGCCGACUUACUGCCGAUUCACUGCAGACAGGUCCCAGCUGCUCUACAGUAUAUGUGUGUGUAUGAUGAUGGCCAUGCGGUCGUCCUCUGUGUUCGGUGUGGUGUGUGUAUUGGCCAUGUGGUUGUGUAUGAGUGUAUGUGAGCCCGUCAGUUUGCGUCUUUCUGGAGAGAAGCGUAAACACUACGAGGGCCGAGUGGAGCUGUAUUAUAGCGGAGCGUGGGGGACGGUGUGUGACGACGACUUCGACAUCAACGCUGCACACGUGGUGUGUAGACAGCUCGGUUACCUCGGUGCUGUCUCUUGGUUUCCAUCUGCUAAAUACGGCAAAGGAGAAGGUCCUAUCUGGUUGGAUAAUGUACACUGUACAGGGAGGGAGGCAUCGAUCUCUGACUGUCACUCAAACGGGUUUGGAGUUUCAGACUGUAAACACUCGGAGGACGUCGGAGUCGUCUGUACACAAAAACGCAUCCCAGGAUUCAAAUACAUCAGCACUGGCAGCAGCGAUAUGGAGACUCUGGAUGCGCGAGUAGAGGACGUGCGUAUCAGAGCCACCUAUUCCAACCGUAAGCGUGUUCCAAUCACAGAGGGCUUUGUGGAAGUGAAGGAUGAGGGAAAAUGGAGGCAGAUCUGUGAUGAGAGCUGGACUCCACAAAACAGCCGUGUAGUGUGUGGCAUGUACGGCUUCCCUGGAGUGAAGGGCUUCAAGGCUAAAACCUACAAGCUUCUUUCUCAGCGCAGGAGGAAGGACUACUUUGGUUUUUCGGUGAACUGCACAGGAAAUGAAGCUCAUCUGCCCGAGUGUAGGAUGGGCAAAGCACUGAAAGUGGAGAAAAAUCUGAAUGCCACGUGCGCCAAUGGAAUGCCUGCCGUGGUCAGCUGUGUUCCUGGAAGAGCCUUCGCACCCACACAGUCCUCAGGAUUCAGAAAGGCCUACAGAGCAGAGCAACCCCUGGUGCGUCUACGUGGAGGAGGGAAGUUGGGUGAAGGUCGAGUGGAAGUGCUGAAGAACGGCAUUUGGGGAACAGUGUGUGAUGAUAACUGGAACAUGAAAGCUGCCAGUGUGGUGUGUCGAGAGUUGGGCUUUGGCACUGCUAAAGAAGCUCUGACUGGGGCACGAAUGGGGCAAGGAAUGGGCCCGGUGCACAUGAACGAGGUGGAGUGCUCAGGGUUCGAGAAGUCUCUGACUGAGUGUCACUUUAACAGAGAAGCUCUGGGCUGCAGUCAUGAGGAGGAUGCAGCUGUGAAGUGUAACGUCCCUGCCAUGGGCUUCCACAACAGGCUGCGUCUGAGCGGAGGCAGGAACCCGUACGAGGGCCGCGUGGAGGUGCUGGCGGAGAGGAACGGCUCGAUGGUGUGGGGAACGGUGUGCAGUGACAGCUGGGGAAUCAUGGAGGCCAUGGUGGUGUGCAGACAGCUCGGAUAUGGCUUUGCUAACCACGCCUUCCAGGAGACGUGGUACUGGCAGGGUGAGGUCAGUGCUGAUGCUGUAGUGAUGAGUGGAGUUCGGUGUUCAGGUACCGAGAUGAGUCUGGCUCAGUGUCUCCAUCACGGGAAACACAUCAACUGCCCCAGAGGAGGAGGAAGAUUCGCUGCUGGAGUCUCCUGCACUGAGAGUGCCCCGGACCUGGUGCUAAACGCAGAGGUCGUUCAACACACCACGUAUCUGGAGGAACGGCCGAUGUACGCCCUGCAGUGCGCUCAUGAGGAGAAGUGUCUCUCCGACAGCGCCAACACGGCAGACCCGUCCUCGUCCCGACGACUGCUGCGCUUCUCCUCUCAGAUCCACAACAACGGCCACAGCGACUUCAGACCCCGCGCCGGACCCCACGCCUGGGUGUGGCACGACUGUCACAGGCACUACCACAGCAUGGAGGUUUUCACUCACUACGACCUUCUGAGUAUGAACGGCACUAAAGUGGCUGAAGGGCACAAAGCCAGCUUCUGCCUGGAGGACAGUGAGUGUGAUGAAGGUAUACAGAAGCGUUAUGCGUGUGCUAAUUUCGGUGCUCAGGGGAUCACAGUUGGCUGCUGGGACACAUACAGACACGACAUCGAUUGCCAGUGGAUCGACAUCACUGACGUCAAACCAGGAGAUUAUAUAUUCCAGGUUGUAAUUAACCCUAAUUAUGAAGUAGCUGAGUCUGAUUACACCAAUAACAUCAUGAAGUGUAAAUGUCGCUAUGAUGGAUAUCGGAUCUGGACCUAUAACUGCCAAACAGGUGGCUCUCGGAGUUCGGAUGUUGAUGAAUUUACAGGAAUAAUGACCAAUCAGCUUCAGCGCAGGUAGGAAAAUAGCCAAAGAGAGGAAAGUGAAGAGUGGAGUGGAGCCCAGUCGGACUUCUAACACGAGAACCAACCACUAGAGGACGGAUGCUGACGUGACCAUCUUGCACCUAUUGUUAUAUUGUCUACUGUCUAGAAGAUGUGAUGUCUAUCGUUACAUGCCGCCUUCAGUACAGCUCUAUACCUGUAUCACAAAUGACACGCAACCAACAGAGAACAGCACAGGAAACCCAGCUUCUCGUCUUAAUAGUAAUUUAUUGUAGUAGGUAAUGUAGUGAGGCAAAAUAAUGAGCUCUAAAAUGCCUGUUAGCUUAGUAUGUAAUAGAUUUGUUUAUUUUUGAUAGAAUGCUAUUGGCAGAGUGGUUUCUUUCUCCGACUAACCAAAGAGUUUUGAUAUAUUUUAAAGUUCAGGCAAAAGUAAAAUGGCCACAAUGUUUACCUUAUGCCAAAUGUAGUCAAUCAGCCAUGAUAUGUUUGCUUCCUUUGUUCUGCACUGGAUCUUUAACACUAAUGUAGCUAACAAGUAAGAGAAACAGUAUGCAAACUGCUUGAAUAAAUCAUUUGUCUGGUAUUAUCAUCAGGAUCAUUUCUAACAUACAGUUCCACCUUCACACUCCUACCUCCUUCCUGAGUCUGAUGCUGGUGCUGAGUUACACCAAACUGUGCUGAGGAUUCAAAAUGGUGCUUCAAAGGUUUUUAGGUCAGUGUCAUCCUUUUGUUCAUUUUGUAUAGAUACUAGUCUGUCAUACAGUGUCAGAAACCACAAAAAGUCUGUUUGAGACCCUCGACAAAAUCAUUCGAUGUGAGUGUAAUGAUUAACACAUGCAGGAAACACAAAACUAGCCGCUAUAUAACUAGCCACUAUAAUGCUACACUCAAAUGCUGUUCUGUUUUCAUCAUGUUUAUGAGCAGACUCCAGAUGAACAGACCACUAUUGUGUUGUUCAACCUGUUGAAAGUAAAAAAAGACACAAAUUGUUUCACAAUAUAGCUGACUUUUGUUAUAUGUUGUUCAAAUAAAAGACUUAACAGCUGUGUACUAGCUAGCUAAUUCUUAGCCACGCCCAUUAGCUAGUCAAGAUGAGAGGUUUGUGUUCACCUUCAUUUGUUUUGAACAUACUGAAACCUUUCCUUACUUGUUAGCUGAUUAGACUUGUAGCUCCAGUGCAAAUAAAUAAAUAAUGAGUUAUACUGAUCGCAUACACAAACAGUUAUGCUAAGGUAGCUGUAAUGGUGGCACAUUUAAGGCUACAAGAUGUUUUACUCAAGGCUCCCAAUCUUUACUUUCCACUCACUCCCUUCAAAUUAGGAGAUAUGUACUGUACUGAAUACAACUAUCACUUGAAAUUAGGCAUGUGCCAAUAUUACAGUUCCAUAUUGCGAUAAUUGUUUUAUAAGGGUAAUGGUAUUAUCGUCAGCUAUUUUCUGAAAACAACAACAGUACCACUUCUGUCUUAAUGGCUAGCAUGUAUAAACACAGUUAGCUCUUAUAGCAAAAGCUCACAACCUCAGCUAACUAACAUUACUAAUUUUAGCUAGCUAGUUACGCAUUCUCUCCAUUAUACUGCAUUAUAUUAGCUAGCUAAAUGGGAACAACUUUUGGCAAUAUAUGAACCAAUACUUUAAUCAAGAUUUGCGGCACAUGCCUACUUGAAAAACUGUAAUGUCUACUUUCUGUACUCAAAUGACAUCACGCCAUGCCAAUGCCAAUGCCAUGCCGCAAGCAAUAUGUAGCGCUUUUGCAUAUUACUUUCAUAUUUACAGCUUGUAUUGCAUGUUUUUAUAAAAUUCUGCAGAUUUUAUAAGAACAGUUGCUCAGCAAUGGUACCAUUUUCCACUCAUUCAGCUUCUUUGGCUAAAUAGACAAUUCAUCAAGCAUGCCAUGUAAUUUAUUCCUACCAGUCAGGGAUUUUUUUUGUUUGUUUGUUUAUUUUGUUAAUUAUACUAGAUCUAGCAAUGUGGAACUAAAAACUUGUUGCUGUUUUGUGAACUUGUGCCCUCCGUUUUAUGAGGGCAUUUACAGCCAUUCGAGUGGUUAACACAUCACCAUGUGUUUACUGUUGAAUGUAUGAUUCACAUUGUGCCUUGUUUUACAAUAAAAAACAUAUUUAUGAGUCA